AUGCCGACCUCGUUCAAUCCGAACCGCGUUCAUUUGGUAACUGCUUCGAUGUGCAUCACGAUUGGCAAUGUUGUUUUCAGGAUGAUCCGAUUGUCUGCCGUUGCAUUCCGAUGAAAUACGUCGUCGUCAUCGUGCAGGCCAUCUUCAUUGCCGUGACCAUCUGGGUCAUAAUCGACAGUCAGACAAACGAUUACUUCACUUAUCCGGCUUUCGCUGUGGUAAUUCCAAUUCGUGUACUUUUCUUUCUCUGAAGUUGCUCCCAGGUCAUUUCCGUGCUCAUCUCGUUCGUCGGAUACGUGGUCGAAUACAAGCCAAUCAUGGUCAUCCAUUUCUGGAUUGCCACCAUCGGAUUGCUCGUUCCGAUCUGUUUCACCUUCUUCAACGCUCUCUUCUUUUUCCGUCAGUUUCUUCCAGUUUUCUACUCACAGUUAUAUUGUUCAGUUGCUCUCAUUCCGAGAGAAAAAAAGUACGGCAACUACCUCAUGGGUUUCAUCCUCAGUUUCAUCGGAUUGAUCAGUGAGUGAACACGUUUUAUUCACCUGCUAUUUUGCAAAAGCGAUAACCAAUUCGCAUGCGUACUUCGUUUUUUUUCUGCGCUUUCAUCUCACAACGAAUAGAAAGUGCAGAGAAACGGGCCGAUUAGCUCGUUUCUUACUCGCAUCCCAUAAUUAUUGGCAUCUUUUUGUGCGGCACCCUGCCUCGCCCCCUUCUAUCAUCACUCGCGUGCACUUUCCAGUCGUUUCUGUGCGCGCGCGCGCCCUCUCCUCCCUUUUCCGUCCGCGCCUUUCUUCUUGCAAGCGACUCCAAAUUGUGCUUUUCUUUAGUUCACCUCUGCUACGUUUGGAUGUGCCGCCAGCUGGUGAAGAAGGUCGAGGGCGAAGAGGUCGUUCUGCCAGAGUUCGACACCACCCAGGGACUGUUCCAGUUCACCUCCUACGACGGAAAACACAUUUCAAUCUAUCCCAAACUCUAA